AUGACGGCGCACUCUCCCCUGCACUCGCCCUCGUCGCACGCCGACCGGCCCAGGGGCAUAUUGAAGAACUCCAGCUCGCACCGCUCCAGCUCUCAGAGCUCCCCGCCCCGCGAGGCGCAGCCCGCGGUCAGCCCCGUCGCCGAGCGCCCGCAUCUUGGUCGCGAGAAAUCAGAGAAGGAAAUCGUGCUCGAGAACACGCUGCACAAUGCAGGCCCCGGCCACCGUCGCUCGUCGUCCAACGCCCGUGGCUCCACGUCACGACGUCAAUCAGGCGCCAGCCCUCACCUCGACGACAACAGCCCCCAGCUGAAGUGGGACGAGGCGAAUCUGUACAUCAACGAGCAGAAUCGCGAUAGCACGAUGAAGAUCGACGAGCCCAAGACGCCCUACGCCAAGCAGUACGACCCCGCUGAGGAUGAGGAGGAGAUUGAGAUGCUGGAUGCCAAGGACUUGAAUGUCGAUGAACUUGACGCCAAGCCGAAACGUAAGAACCGGGUCGAGGAGAUACCCGAGUUUGAUCUUGGGGAGCCCGAGCUGCGAGCGCGCGGCGAGUCUCAGACGCCCGAGAGCGAGAAGCGAGUGCUGGUCGACCCUGAGGAGGACAAGGGCUACCACGGCGAGCUGCCGCCUAAUGCGACGCAAGAAGAGAGGGAGAAGCACCGCAAGUUUGAGGAGCUGCGGAAGAAGCACUACGAGAUGAGGAAUGUCAAGGGCCUGCUUGGCCACGCCGAAGAGGACGAUGAAGAUGACCAGGUGGCACCACCGGUGCCCAACGGCCAGCGCCCAUCGUAG